CUUGAAGGGUCAGACGCGCGCUGUACCUAGGUGACGGUACAAUAAAGUGUGAUAUAUUAUUUGGUCCAAUGUCAUCAGCAUCUUCUAGUAAAGCAAAGACCCAAACGGAAGAGGAAAUAGUGGAAGGUUUUAAUCGCUUACGCUACGAACAACGCUCCAUUGGUAGCAAAAUUAAUGAUCUAGAGCUUGAUCAAAGAGAACACAACAUGGUCAUUAAGGUGUUACAGUCAGUGGAGCCCACUCGUAAGUGCAUGCGGAUGAUAGACAAUGUGUUGAUUGAACGCCAGGUGAAGGACGUACUUCCGGCUCUUGAAGCUAGUGUACAAAAAAUGUCUGAAUGUAUCGAAACAUUGUCAAAGCAAUUUGAAGAAAAAGGUCGAGAACUUCAAAGAUACAAAGCUGAGCAUAAGAUAAGAAUCGCUGGUGAAAAAGAUUCUACGGGGUCAGACAAAAACGAUAAUGUAUCUUCAUCAUCAACUUCGGGUGUGUUAGUAUCCUGAGCGCUUGCUGUGUAUAAUAUAAUUACUGUUGAAUGUGAUCAGUAUAUAUUAUAAACUUGCUUCCUUCAUAUAUAUUUACAUUUGCGCAGAAAAGAACUUUAUCAACAUGAUGAGGGAUUCGUUGUUUUUAUUUUGUGGUUUUUAUUUUGUUAAAAUAAAAAUCUCUUUAAUGUU